CCAGAUCUACACAAUGCCGCCAGAGCGCAUAAUUGACGAAGAUGAAGAAUACGAAUCUUCUCAGGAUUCCGACUUUGCGCCCGAUGAUGCGCCCGACGCUGCGUCCAGCUCUUCAGAUUCAGAAGAUGGCGACGACGAUAAGGCUGCGAGAAAGCGCCAACGGCCGGUAAAAGAUGCGAACGCCGAGGGAGGAGGAGAGCCGGAUAACUCUGGCGACGAGGUGAUAGUAGAAAAAGGCAGAAAACGACAGAAAAGAGCCAAAGCCAAGGGAGAAGUUGUAGAUGACGAAGGUGGUGAAGGUGGCUUAAUCAAGACGAGAAGUCAACGUGCCGCUGAGAAGGAGGAACGAAAGUAUGCUGCGAGCAGGGGGCCUGUGACGGUCGACAUCGAUGCAAUUUGGGCAGAGAUGAAAGCCGGAGGCUCCUCAGCAUCAAGACCACCAGAAAACGCUGACGACAUGGUCGUAGACGAAAGCGAGAAGAUAGUUGCAGACGACAAGGGCGAUUCAAAAGAGGAUGAAUCCUCCAUGAUCCGCAUUAAGCGAACCUACAACUUUGCUGGUCGAGUCCAUACCGAAGAAAAGCUCGUCCCUCGCGACUCAGCCGAAGCGAAGCUCUAUCUGGCCUCCCAGGAGGGUGAAGCACCGCCAGACGCACUGCUAACUAAGCGACUUACAAAAAAGGCAUUCCGGUCCGCCUUCGAACCUAUUAUAGAGGGCACAAUAGGCCGUACAGAUCUGAACCUGGGACUGGCGGCCAGAAUGAAGGCAGCCAACGAAGCACAGGCAAAGAAGCUCAACACGGUGGAGAAGAGUCGCAUGGACUGGGCUGGUUUCGUGGACAAGGAGGGCAUCAAAGACGAGCUGGAGCUGGCUGGCAAGUCCAAGGAUUCUUACGCCUCGCGGCAGGCCUUCUUGGCGCGAAGCGAGGCCCUCAGAGAGAGCGAGGCCCAGAGGGCGAGGGUAGCAGGACGGUCGUAAACUGGCUAGAGGCGUUGGCGUUUGGAAUGAUACCACCGGUUAGAGUUGCAAUAUGUAAUAUUAAAAAGCAGCAAUGCCUGAACUUGGCCUUGGAAAUGGAAUUAGUACAUGCAGGGUAUAUCAAAGUAUUUUGCCUCGCCAUC